GGCUCCCUACCCUCCCCUCCCGGCGCCCGUGGGGCUCGGCUGCCGCUCGGCUUUGCGGUAGCAGCGGCUGCGCUCCAGCGCGGCUCGUCUUCCCGCCCCGCUUCCCCCUCCCUCCCUGCCUGCCCUGAGCCUUGCGCUUGCCCGGGGCGGUUCCAGAGCCCGCCGGGAGCUCGGACCGAGGCGCCUCGCUGGGGCGGGGACCUUCCCUCGCCUGGGGCCACAUCAUAAUUCCGAAUCAUGUCUGAUAACGGAGAACUGGAAGACAAGCCUCCAGCACCUCCUGUGCGAAUGAGCAGUACCAUUUUUAGCAGUGGAGGCAAAGACCCUUUGUCAGCCAAUCACAGUUUGAAACCUUUGCCCUCUGUUCCAGAGGAAAAAAAGCCCAGGAAUAAAAUCAUCUCUAUAUUCUCAGGCACAGAGAAAGGAAGUAAGAAGAAAGAAAAGGAACGGCCAGAAAUUUCUCCUCCAUCUGAUUUUGAGCACACCAUUCAUGUUGGCUUUGAUGCAGUUACUGGAGAAUUCACUGGCAUGCCAGAACAAUGGGCUCGAUUAUUACAGACCUCCAAUAUCACCAAACUAGAGCAAAAGAAGAAUCCUCAGGCCGUGCUGGAUGUCUUAAAGUUCUAUGACUCCAACACGGUGAAGCAGAAAUAUCUGAGCUUUACUCCUCCUGAGAAAGAUGGCUUCCCUUCUGGAACACCAGGACUGAAUACCAAGGGGUCAGAAACAUCAGCAAUAGUAACAGAGGAAGAUGAUGAUGAUGAAGAGGCUGCCCCUCCUGUUAUUGCCCCACGACCGGAUCAUACAAAAUCAAUUUAUACACGGUCUGUAAUUGACCCUAUUCCUGCACCAGUUGGUGAUUCUAAUGUUGAUAGUGGUGCCAAGUCUUCUGACAAACAGAAAAAGAAGACCAAAAUGACAGAUGAAGAGAUUAUGGAGAAAUUAAGAACUAUUGUGAGCAUAGGUGACCCUAAGAAAAAAUACACAAGAUAUGAAAAAAUUGGGCAAGGGGCUUCUGGUACAGUUUUCACUGCUACUGAUGUGGCAUUGGGACAGGAGGUUGCUAUUAAACAGAUUAAUUUACAGAAACAGCCAAAGAAGGAAUUAAUCAUUAAUGAAAUUCUAGUGAUGAAAGAAUUGAAGAAUCCCAACAUAGUUAAUUUCUUAGACAGCUACCUGAUGGGAGAUGAAUUGUUUGUGGUAAUGGAGUACCUUGCUGGGGGAUCACUUACUGAUGUCGUGACAGAAACCUGCAUGGAUGAAGCACAGAUUGCGGCUGUUUGCAGAGAGUGUUUACAGGCAUUGGAGUUUUUACAUGCUAAUCAAGUGAUCCACAGAGACAUCAAAAGUGACAAUGUGCUUUUGGGGAUGGAAGGAUCGGUUAAACUUACUGACUUCGGUUUCUGUGCCCAGAUCACCCCUGAGCAGAGCAAGCGAAGUACCAUGGUUGGAACGCCAUACUGGAUGGCACCAGAGGUGGUUACACGGAAAGCUUAUGGCCCUAAAGUGGACAUAUGGUCUCUGGGUAUCAUGGCUAUUGAGAUGGUAGAAGGAGAGCCUCCAUACCUCAAUGAAAAUCCCUUGAGGGCCUUGUACCUGAUAGCAACUAAUGGAACCCCAGAACUUCAGAAUCCAGAGAAACUUUCCCCAAUAUUUCGGGAUUUCUUAAACCGUUGUUUGGAAAUGGAUGUGGAGAAAAGGGGUUCAGCCAAAGAAUUGUUACAGCAUCCCUUCCUGAAACUGGCCAAACCAUUGUCCAGCUUGACGCCACUGAUCAUGGCAGCUAAAGAAGCAAUGAAGAGUAACCGUUAG